AUGAUUCGCAAACAAGCACGCCAACGGCGGGAUUAUCUGUAUCGGAGGGCCCUGCUUCUGCGAGACGCCGAGAUUAGCGAGAAGCGAGCCAAGCUACGAGCAUCGUUGGCAUCGGGAAAGCCCCUGGAUCCGUCCAUCGCAAACGACAAGGCUCUGCGCAAAGACUACGCAUACGAUGAAUCCACCCCCGACCUGAACACCAACGAGAAGCUCGAUCUGGAUGACGAGUUUGCCCAGUUGUCUGGCAUUAUAGAUCCGCGGGUUCUCGUGACGACGUCGCGGUCUCCCUCGGCUAGGUUAUCUGCCUUUUCCAAGGAAAUCAGACUGCUGCUGCCCACGUCGAUACGGAUGAACCGAGGAAACCUCAUUCUCCCAAACUUGGUCCAAUCUGCGCAGUCUGCAGGCUUGACCGACAUUGUUGUCCUGCACGAGCAUCGCGGUACGCCCACGGCUCUGACUCUGACACACUUUCCUCACGGCCCCACGGUGUCUUUUUCUCUUCACAACGUUGUUCUGCGUCACGACAUCCCCGGAAGCGUGCGUGGGACAGUGAGCGAGUCGUAUCCUCACCUCAUCUUUGACGGAUUCACGACGCCAUUGGGUCAGCGGCUGGUCAAGAUCCUGAAACACAUUUUCCCUCCGCGAGAGGCCAUCACGAGCAGAAACAAAAUGGGCAACAGAGUCGUGACGUUUAAGAACCUUGAAGACAGCAUCGAAGUCAGGCACCAUGUCUUUGUGCGAACGGGAUACGAUAGCGUGGAGCUGGCCGAGGUCGGCCCGAGAAUGACGAUGAGGCCAUUCGAGAUCCGAGGUGGCACGCUUGAAAACAAGGACGGCGACGUCGAAUGGCACCUAAGCCAGUACACGCGAACAGCCAAGAAGAAGAAUUACCUUUGA